AUGAGUCUUUUAAGCGGAUGGUUCCGCAGCACAAACUCCAGCACCGACUCCCUGAAAGCCCAAACCCUGGCCACAAAGGAGCGGGAAAACCUGGCCGACGCCUUAAAAUGGACGGGACUCAUCAUGAACGACGACAUUGACGGCGCGUGGGAGGGUCUCGAAAAGGGCGACUCGUCGUUUCACAGCCUCGGCGCCGCCGUCACCUUCUUCAUGCGCUCUAUCCUCGGCUUCGAGAAGGAGGUUAUGGCUCAGACGGCGGCCAAGUUGGCGGACUGUGAGACAAAGGCAUGGGCGGAUUACAAGAGGGCGCAAAAGUAUGCUCCUCACAAUCAUACCGCGAGCAGGAUUUACCCUCCUGGCACGGAGUACGAGCUCGUCAGGGCGGAGACGCAGCUCAUGAGUGCGGUGGUGGGUGUGCUGAAUGAGAGUAUUGUUGAGGCCAUGAAGAGCUUCUACAAGCUGCGCAAGGCGUUUAUCAUUCUCGACGGUAUAGUUGCUGUUGAGGCUAAAGCUGCGGCGGCGCAAAAGGCCAGUUUGAACAAUGGAGUGAAAAGCGAGACGCCGAGUUCCAGGCCGUCUAUGUCUGGGGCGCAAACUCCAAAUGGAGACAAGAAUUCAUCGUCGACACAUUUGAAUGUCCCGGAUCAACCUCCCGGUGAUUCUGAAUACGACGGUUCACGGCCCCUGACACCGCUCAAGCUUCAGUCUGUCCACCUCGAGACAGACCUUCAAGUUACGGACCCGGUGGAUGCCUUUAUUCACUCUGGCACAAAUAUGUGUUUCGGGCUCAUUCUUCUUAUCUUGAGUCUCGUUCCACCAACUUUCUCUCGUAUCCUAUCAGUAGUUGGCUUCCACGGCGAUCGUGUACGAGGUGUACACAUGCUCUGGCGCUCUGCUGCCCACGAAAACAUCAACGGCGCCAUCGCAGGCAUGAUGCUACUAGCCUACUACAACGGCCUCUUGGGCACAGUGGACAUCCUCCCCAGCGAUAAAGACUACGACGAAGACGCCGAAUCCGUUGGUCCCCCGCACGACAAGUGCAGAAAACUACUUGCAGACUUGCGCGCUCGGUACCCAGAUUCCAGGCUAUGGCGCGUCGAAGAAUCGCGCCUCCACGCCAACGACAAGAACCUAGAAAAGGCCAUCGAGAUGCUGUCCACGGGCAAAGAGUCCGCAAUGAAGCAGGUCACCGCCGUCAACAACUUCGAACUAGCCAUCAAUGCCAUGAUCCUGCAAAACUGGCAGCUCAUGCGGGACACCUUCAUGCGGUGUCUGGAAAUCAGCGACUGGAGUCCCGGCAUGUACUACUACAUGGCGGGCUGUGCGUCUCUCGAGCUCUACCGCGACGCAUAUCACAGCGGCGACGUGACAGAAGCAAAGAAGCACAAGAACAAGACGGAGGAGUAUUUCCGGAAAGCGCCGCAGGUUGCUGGCAAGCAGCGUCUGAUGGCGCGGCAAUUACCGCUAGAGACGUUUUUGCAGCGCAAGGUUCAAAAGUGGGAGGAGCAGGCGAAGACGUUGAAUGUCGAUCUUGUAGAUGCCAUUGGGUCGUCUCCCGCGAUUGAGAUUUGUUACUUUUGGAAUGGGCAGAAGCGCAUGUCUGAGAAACAGCUGGCUCAGGCGAUGGACCAUCUUGACUGGGAGAGAUGUACGGCGGAUGAGGACGUGGUUGCGAAGCUCAAGCAGGAGAAGGAUGAUGUGGCGGUUCGGGCGAUUGGUUUGGCGGCUCUUUUGCAGGGGCAAGGGAAGAUGGAUGAGGCGAUCAAGAUUCUCGAAGAGAACGUCUUGGUACAUGAUAGGUCUUUGUUCAAGGGUACCAAUAAGGAUGAUUAUGUUCUUCCGGUGGCGACAUACGAAUUGGCUGCGAUCGCAUGGACGCAGUGCUGCAAUCCGCCUGCCGGAACGCCAGACGAAGUAGCUGCAUAUAGGCGCGAGAAGACAAAUGAGUGUCAAGCGUACCUUGAAAAGGUCAAGGGGUGGGAGACGUUUGUGCUGGAUGCGCGGGUUGGCAUGCGCGUUCAGAGUGGACUGGAGACGUUGAAGUGGUUCAAGAAGAAGAAUGCGUGGACAUGA